AUGGAUCCCUACGACAGUGACUCUAGUGUUGACGAGGACUUCACCGAUACCGGUGUACUUCUCGGUUACGCCGCUGAAGAAGUCAUCGAGGACACCGUCAGCCACUUGGGCGGUUGGCCGAAAUGGCUCGCAGACAACACUCCCCCGCCGGGUGAUUUUGCCAACUGCAAGGUCUGCAAUAGUCCCAUGCUGCUACUUCUUGAGUUGCACGGUGACCUGCCCGAUCAUUUCCCCACCGACGAGCGUCGCCUGUAUAUAUUUGGCUGCCCAAGAAAGCCUUGCAACCGCAAGCCAGGCAGUGUCCGCGCAUACCGCGCAACUCGCAAGGUCAACUUGAAUGAGUUGAAGCACGACGAACAAGAAGGUACCAAAGAACUUGAAAAGAAAAAGUCCGCACCAGCGGCACCGUCACCGUCACCGUCACCACCCCCACCCCAGCAGGCCAAAGACUUAGGAGCCAGUCUAUUUGGAGCGACCUCAUUGACGAGCAGCGUGUCUGCAAACACCAAUCCGUUCUCGUCCAACCCAUUUUCCUCCAAUUCGGGCUCCUCGUCUACGGGUUUUGCCAAUCCCUUUGCGACACCCAAGCCCUCCACAGCUCCUGCUCCUGCUCCUGCCCCUGGCCCAGCUCCAACCCCAGCUCAAUCCUCCACCAUUGCACUCGCCGAAUCCUUCGCUGACAAGGUCCGGAUCUCGUCUCCAGAGCCAUCAGCUAGUAACCCCGCCCUCACCACAUUCAAGCCCACGCCGGAAUCACAAGGCGCUCUCGCCCCGUGGCCCGAACAAUCCGCCUUCCCAGCUCCCUACCAAAACUACUUCCUAGAUGCCGAAUAUGAGACCCUCUCGCGGCCAUCAACACCCACCGUUCCCGAUAACGUGCAAAUGGAGCCAAUGGACGAAGAUGGUGGUGCCGGUGGUGACCUCAAAGAUACAUUCGAGUCCGAGCUCGAUAAGGCUUUCAUGAAAUUCUCUAUGCGCCUCGAGCAUAAUCCAGAACAGGUCCUGCGCUAUGAGUUCCGCGGCACCCCGCUGCUGUACUCGUAUGCUGACCAGGUCGGUAAGAGCUUACAUCCCGAGCACUCCGCUGGUCGUGUGACUACCAUUGGAGGUGGACAUAUGCCACGAUGUGAGUACUGUGGUGCGCAGCGCGUCUUUGAGGUGCAGCUUGUCCCGCAUGCUAUCAGUAUCCUUGAGGAUGGACGUCCUGGGGUUGGACUCGGAAAGGAUGAUGCGGGCAUGGAGUGGGGGACUAUUGUUAUGGGUGUUUGCGCAAAGGAUUGUGCACCUGAAGCUCUUUGGCAAACUGGCUGGAGAGAAGAGUGGGCCGGGGUGCAAUGGGAGGAAACAAAGUAG